AUGCAGUACGUUGGAAAAGUAGGAGGUUACGUCUACAAUCAAUGGAACUCGUUAAACCCGGCAACGUUGUCUGGGGCAAUUGAUAUCAUCGUUAUAGAGCAACCUGAUGGUUCCUUACAUUGUUCUCCGUGGCAUAUCAGAUUUGGGAAAUUUCAAAUCAUCAAACCUCUGCAGAAGAAAAUCGAUGUCUAUGUCAAUGGAAGGAAAACCGAUUUGCCCAUGAAAUUAGGUGAGGGUGGUGAAGCAUUCUUUGUAUUCGAAAUCGACAAAGAUAGCGGAGCUGAAUUGUUAAGUAAGCUGGUGUUAACAUCUCCUGUCAUCUCGGCUUCAAGCUCAGCUCCUGGAAGUCCACCUGAUAGUCCAAGGCUUUCGUCCACCAACGCAAACACGUUGUCUCCUUUACCUACCUCUAAUUCAAUAACAGGAUCUGCAUUAAAUUUAAAUACCUCUGAUGAACCUGAUAACUUGCAAUUAGAUAAUGAUACUGCCAGUAAUAUUGAAAGCAAGAUUAAAUUAUCGACCUCGUCACCUGCAACACCAGUGCAGCCAAAAUCCCCAAGGAAUAAUACGAAGAUAGCUUUUGAAAAAGCCAAAAAAAUUACUCAAAAGUUAAAUAUUCCAUCUAAGAUUGAUAUAAACGGUGAUAUGGUAUUAGAUAUGGAUGGGUAUAAGCCCAAUUCGCAGAAAAAUAUAGAUAACUCUGAUGAAUUAUUCAAUAAGAUUUUCACUGAAGAAAUGGAGAAUCUUCAAAAUGCUGAUGGAAACUCAGGCUAUAAGUUUGAUGAGAAUCAGUGGGAUAAGAUUAUCAGCAAGGAUGAAAAUGGUAAUAUUAGAAUUAUUGCAGGAGAUUAUGAUGACCAGGAAGACGAAGAUGAGAAGAGUGGAGAAAUUGGAGAUGAAGAUGAUACUGAACAUUCUUCAGAUAUAGAGAGUUAUUCAGAUCUCGAAGCUGCGUUGAACACUGAAGGAGACUCAUCCAAAACGUACUUCAAGACACUUCGUCUUACUUCAGAACAAAUGAAGAAUAUGAACUUGCAUUAUGGAGAGAAUCAAUUGGUUUUCAAGCUCCACGAGGGAACUAGUCAAACUACAUCUAACUUAUAUUUGUGGAAAUCUACAACCCCAAUAGUCAUCUCAGACAUCGAUGGAACUAUUACAAAGUCUGAUGCUCUUGGUCAUGUCUUAAAUCUCAUUGGCAGGGACUGGACACACCCUGGUGUAGCCAAUCUCUUUCUGGAUAUCAAGGCAAAUGGCUACAACAUUAUGUACCUUACAGCAAGAUCUGCAGGUCAAGCAGAGGGAACUAGACAGUACCUCAAGAAUAUUGACCAAGAUGGUCACAGAUUACCCCCAGGUCCGGUUAUCUUGUCACCUGACAGAACCAUGGCAGCGUUUAGAAGAGAAGUGAUUUUGAAGAAACCUGAAGUAUUCAAAAUGUCAUGUCUUAGUGAUAUCAAGAACUUGUAUUUAAACCUGUUUGAAAUAAACCUGAAUAACAAUAAACAUACACAGGGAGACACGGGACUUAAUGAUGAUGAUAGAACUCCAUUUUAUGCUGGUUUUGGUAAUAGGAUUACAGAUGCUAUUAGUUAUAGAUCUGUAGGAAUUCCAUCACACAGAAUCUUCACAAUCAAUCCUGAUGGAGAAGUUCAUAUGGAAUUGUUAGAGUUGGCUGGUUAUAGAUCUUCUUACCUCCAUAUUGGAGAGUUGGUGGAUCAUUUCUUUCCACCCUUGAAGGCCGUUCCAGAUGCUUACUGGAACGAUAACCAAUUUAACGAAUAUAUGAUUCAUAAAAAUGACGAAGAUGAUGGACAAGAAGGUUCAGAUCCCAAUAUUCCAAACUCACCGGGAUCACCAGAUUAUGAUGAAGCAAGAAGUAUUAAUUCAGGAGGUGAAGAUUAUUUCCAAUAUCCCAAUUCCAAGAACGCGAAAGGAGGAUACAAUAGUGUCUUGGGGUUGAAGACGGAUGAGAGAUAUAAUGAUGUCAAUUACUGGAGGGAACCCUUACCAAAUUUGAGCGAUUUCAGUGACGAAGAAGACGAUAAAGCUGGUGCUACUGGUGGUAGCAGUCCUGCCCAAGUCGCAGAGCCAAAGUCACCAUCUGUCUUUUCAAUUCGAUCAUUUACUUUGUCUAGCGAUGAUAAGAACAAGACACUGCCACCAGUCGCUCUAGAUCAACUUUCUUUGACCCAGCAGCUUAAAAGAGAAAUCGAGCUACAAGAUGAAAGCGAAAACACUAAGGAAAAGCCUGCCUCUAGGAGUGCUUUCAGUUCACCACUUAAACAUUUCAUGUCUGCAGGGUCUAAUAAAUCCGAACCUGUUGUUUCCCCUAAUAGACCUGAAAAGAAUAAGGAUUCAUCCAACCAGAAUCAAAAAUAUUUCACGCCCAACGAUAGCAUGAUUUCUAAGGAUGAGUCCGAUUAUACUGACGAAGAUGAUGUCGAAGAUGACUAUAGCACGGAAGCAGAAUAUGACGAAGACGACGAAGAAGAAGACGACGAUGAUUACGAAGAUGAAGAUGAUUACGACGAUGAAGACGACUUAGAAGACCAAGGGGAAGAUCUUGAUGAGGAUGAUGAAGAUUUGGAUGUUGACCAUGAAUUAGAUGUUGACCAUGAAUUAGAUGUUGACCAUGAGUUAGAUGUUGAUGGUGACUUGGAAGAUGGUGUUCCUAGUGAACAAUUGGAAAAGCAUGGUCAAUCUUCUCCAAUUAGCUUAUUACAACAUGGAAGUUCCAUAAGUUCGAAAAAGUCACAAGCGUCAUUGGGGCUUAUACUGGAAGAAGACCCAAAGUUUAUCAAAGCAAGUCAGCUCAUGAAUAAUUUAGAUCUAAAUAAGUAG